AUGCAGAAUGAAAGAGUUACAGGUCGUGGAGGCUUCCACCCAGAGUUCAGAGGAAAUCCUCGAGAGGCCAGGCAGUGUGUGUCAGGGUCAGGAUCCCUGAAGGCAGCCCCUGAAAGGGUGAUAUGUGAAGCUGUGAGAGUGAAGCCUAAGCUUCAGUGGAGCCCUAAAGAUGUUGGAGAUGCUAGGAACACGAGACAUCUACCCAUGAGAGCAGGAGGCAACAAGUGGAGCCAGCCCAAGAAAGAGGACAUGUGGGCUGCAGGGCUAGUUAAGCAAAUAGGGGACAGUGGCUUGAAUAGAUAAGACUCGAAAUGCCCUGACAGGUCAUCUACUUCCCAGAACCAUCUACUCGAUGCCUUUUCUUGUAGUUCAACCAUUUCUCCAGUUUUGGAGUUGGAGGUGUCACAGACACCAAGUGUUGGAAGUGCAGAAAUUUUAGUUUUAUCAGAGAAGAAAGAAAAAUUUACAGCAGAGAAACUUUGGGGAAGAUUGGAGUUGUCCUCAAGAACCAUGAAUUUAGAGUGAAAAACAUCUCAACAGUGGAGACGGACCAACAAUAUGGAAGGAAAAGUUCCUCACAUAAGAAUGGACAAUGGAUCUGCCAUUGAGGAAUUCUACACCUUUGGACGGAUAUUGGGACAAGGGAGCUUUGGAAUGGUCAUUGAAGCUACAAACAAGGAAACAGAAACCAAGUGGGCAAUUAAAAAAGUGAAUAAAGAAAAGGCUGGAAGCUCUGCUGUGAAGUUGCUUGAACGAGAGGUGAGCAUCCUGAAAAGUGUAAAACAUGAACACAUCAUACAUCUCGAGCAAAUAUUUGAGACGCCUAAGAAAAUGUACCUUGUGAUGGAGCUUUGUGAAGAUGGAGAACUCAAAGAAAUUCUGGAUAGGAAAGGGCAUUUCUCAGAGAAUGAGACAAGGUGGAUCAUCCAAAGUCUCGCAUCAGCUAUAGCAUACCUUCACAACAAGGAUAUAGUACAUAGAGAUCUAAAAUUGGAAAACAUAAUGGUUAAAAGCAGCUUCGUUAAUGCUAACAAUGAAUUGAACUUAAACAUUAAGGUGACUGAUUUUGGCUUAGCAGUAAAGAAGCAUGGUUCCAGGAGUGAGGCCAUGAUGCAGUCCACGUGUGGGACCCCUAUCUAUAUGG